UCCUCGAGCUCCCAUUUCAAACGCGCAUCCCCUCCUCGAGGAAGGCCAGCACGGUCCUCUCUUCACCGCGAUCCCCUCCCCUCAAGCGGCGCUGCAGCUAAACCCUAAGCCACGGCCGCCACCCCCUACGCCACGGCCGCUCUCCCGCGAUGCGCCAGUGCGCGGAGGCCAUCGCGAAGACCGUGCUGGCCUUCCUCGACGCCGUCAUCCUGGGCUGCCUCCGCUCAUGCUUCGGCGCGCGCCCCCGCCGCGGCUCCGGCCGGCGAGAGGCACUCGUGCACAGGGAUCGGGCCGUGGCGGCGGAGGUCGUCUGGGAUGACGAGGAAGGUUUGGUAAGGGAUGGACGAAUUCAUGAUGAAUUGGCUGACUAUGCUGGAAUUGAUGAGGAGCUUAGACAUGAGGCCAGUUACCUGAAGCUAUGCGGCACUAUUUCUGAAACCCCAUCUGAACUUCGCAGUGAAGAGUCAUAUGAAAACAAUUUGGAAAAUACUAAUGAGUGUGAUAACAAGCCCACUUCUGUACCACCAGCAAACUGUAUGUUGCUGUUUGAAGCUAAUGCAUCAGAAAGACGUGAGGGGCGUCAGUCGCUCAGGUGUGAACAGAAUACUGAAGAUGCUGGCCAUUAUCAGGGAGCUGAAUUUGUUCCUCAUUCAGCUUCCUCGGAAAAGAGACUGCUUCAAAACAUCCAGCACAAGCCUCUUGAUUCUAGUGGUUCGCCCUUCCCAACUCCUCUAGUUCUCAGGGAUGAUAUGCAGACCCCUGGAACAGCCUAUGCUUCACAUAGAGGGACUUCUGUAUCUGGAAAGCGUGUGCGGACCAGGAAACAGUUCAUAUACCCUGUCCUCAGAUCCAUUGAGAACAGACUUCAACAGACUGAACUGACAGAAGAUUCUUCACCAUUGGCAUCAUCCAAUCCUCUAAAAGGGAGAAACUUGGAAGCAGAUUCUAUCAAGGAUCCAACCCAAAUAUCUUCAACUUCAGUGGUUAAAUCAGGAUUGUCUGAAACUCCUCCGUCAUAUUUAGCACCUGAUGCUAAUGCUUCAUACUCAGUAAAAGAAGCACAGUCUCCUGACGAGCUACUGGAUGGCAAAGGACUACCAAAAUCCAACUCAGAUGAGAAGAAUGCUGCAUUGAGCCUGUCCCGCUGGCUGAAAUCUUCCUCCACAGAUGCUGAGAAUCAAGGUGAUGUUAAGUGUCCAGCCAAGGAUCAAUCGAAUGAGAAGCCUGUCUUCAUGACAUCUGAUCUGAACUUGGAUACCGAUAACCCAACUCCUAGAUUACCCAAGGCAUGGGAUGGCAACGGCAUUCCCAACACAACCACGAGAUAUAAAGAGGACCAAAGGGUCAAUUGGCACACCACGCCAUUUGAACAAAGACUGCUGAAGGUGUUAUCUGAUGAGGACCGAUGCCCUCCAAGGAAAGUCGUCCGGGGGAAGUUGUUCCAACUUGAGGAGAAAGCUGAGUGGAGGACCGGGUAGCCCAACUGUGAUGAGUCUGUUAGCGACCUAUUAUGGAACUAAUCUCUGAAGCUGCACCGUCAUGCAUGUUGCUGAAAUAACAUUUGUCUAUUUUCUGUGGGGGUUAUGCUGUGUACAAAUGGAAUAGUUUCUGUUGGGGUGUCAUGCUGUGUACAAAUGUCAUAGUUUCUGCUGCGUGUGAAGCUGUGUAUAAAUGGUAUAGGAUAAAGUCUGUCUGCUAUGAACAUCAGCUGCCGAAUGAUGCCAAAAUAUGAGUUAUUGCCCCCUGGCUGCCCUUUCUUGA